CAAACCAUAAUGAUGUUCUCCCGUCCAUAGAGAACAAAUAAAUGUAUUAAUCAUCCAUGGCAACGGUCAGGAUGAAUUGUAAAAUCGCCAUGCAUUCUUAUUUAACGAUGACAUGCGAGAACAAAUUUUGAAGAUAAACCACAUGGUGAAAUAAUUAACAUAAGAUAAUCAAUCAUACUUGAUUUGAAUUUAUAAUGUAAUUAUUUUUCUUGUCUGAUUAUUCAGAUUUCUUCUGUUGACCGUGGUGAGUAAUAUUACAAUAUUUAUCAUUUUAUAUUUAUUUUUCUAUUUAUUAUCUAUAUUACUAGUCAUAUUACUAUAAGCCAUCCAGCUUAUAAUCGGUCUGAUUAUUAAUUAAAAAAUGACUUAAUAAUUGCCGUGAUGCAAGGGGGCUAUUCUGCCAAUAAAACUAAGUACACAUGCAUUAGCUUAGGUAGUUUGUAUUAUACUAUUCCACAAAAAGUUUUUUUAAUAGAUUUCCUUAAUCAUUUUUAUUUGCAUAGUAAUAAUAUAAUAAUAUUAUUGAUCAUUUAAUAUCUUUAUUAAAUAGUCAUAAAACUAAAGAAAUACUAAAAUUAUGCAUCUCCAAAAACAGAAAACAGCAGAAUUAAAGCAAACAUCAAGUAGGUACAUACAUAUACUUCCACUUUUUAAUAAAAAAAAUAGACCCCCCAGAUUGUCAAAAUUUAUUAUGCAGCAAUCGUUCUUUAAAUGAAAAAAGAUCAUUUGUAAGUAGUAUGUUAUAAGUUAGGAGUCACUUGUCUACCCGCGAACAGUACACCACCGUCUGACUUUUUAAUAUAUUGUUUCACCACUAGAAUCGAAUAAUUCUAGAACUUUCUUUAAAUUUCUUUUAAAAUUAUUUAUUAUUAUUAGGUACUCAGGGAAGUUUAUUACCCUUUACUAUUCAUCUAGACUAAAUUUUAAACUUUUUUUAAACCUAUUACUCAUAAACAGUAUUCAGUACCAAUAUUACUACACAUAUUAUAAUGUUGGAAAAAAUUCUCUAUUUGGAUUCACAUAAAAGGAGAUUUAUGUAUGAUUUUUUUGUAUACACUCAUUUAAGGUAACUUAAAAUAGUCUUAAAAUAAUAAAGGUACAACAAUUUCAAUUGAUUGAAAAAACAGACAUUAAAUUUACUAAUAAUCCUCUAAGAAUAUUACUGGUUUGUGGUCAAGAUAUGCUCUAUUAUUUAAAAUAUUCGUAAUGAAAUGUUUGGUUAUGUAUGGCGAUUAGAGUUGGUUGCCGUCUAAGACAGUAGCUGCGAAUUGUCAUUGACAAUUAUAAGUACCUAUUCAAUGUUAUUGACUGACUUUUUAAAACUAAUUACUUGAGUAUGGAAUCUAUGAAAUCAAUUAAAUCUACUGAUUUCACUAUGAUAAAAAUGUAUAUUAUUAGAAACUUUACAGUUGUCCCACGAAAACUCAAAUGCAAUAACAUUUCUUUUGUUCCUUUUUUUUUUUUAUAUUUAUGCACUAUGAUUCCCUUAUUUUAUAUAUUUUUUAUUCUUUUAAAAUUAAGUUUAAUUAUUUAUGAAAUCCAAGAUAGACAUUUUAUAAAUUUAUUUUAAAACAAAUAUUUAGAUACUAAUUAUGAAUUUUUAAGUUUUUAAAAUUGUGUGAAGUUUACAAAAAAUAAUUUUUAUUAUUAUUAUCUUAAGUUUUAUAGUCUGUUUAAGCUUAUUACUGCAUCACACAUUUCUACCACUACUACCUCCUAAUUUUUCACUCUUAGGGUGUAGUAAGAUCCCUUGAAACUUUAUCAUGCUAUUUUUGUUUAGGUCUGCCUUGUAGUUUCUUUCCUAAUGGUUUCCAAUUCAGGACUUCUUUUGCGAUCAGAUUUAUCUUAGUAUGUGACCUAGUCAGUUGAUCUAGUCUUUUGGCUCUAAUUUUCCCAAUUAUGUUUGGUUUCAAUUCAAAGGCGUUAAAUAUUUCUUCAUUUUCUUUGUCUCGUUUUAAGUUAUUCACUUUUGAUCCCCAUAUCUUCCAUAGAAACUUUCUUUCUAUUAAUACCAAUUUCCUCUUAUCCUUUAAAGUUGUUGGCCAUAUUUCGCACUCAUAUAUUUUGAUAAGUUUUUCUAUUUGUAAAUCUCAUUUUUGAUUUCUUCAAUAGAAGUUUUGAUCAUAGAUACCUAGACACUUUGUGUAGACACUUGUUACCUGCUGACACAUUUCUUAAUCUCUUUGUGAUUGCAUUUUGUUUUGUACCUAUGCAAUUUUUAAAUGUGUACUCUCUGACCUGUAAAUCCCUUGAUUUAUUUAUUGGUAAUUUUUCUCACAUUAUACACACAUUUUAUUUUGUUUUUAUAUAUUUUAAAUUCCAUUAUUUAUGCAUUUUGUAAACAUUUUUCUAUUGCUAACUAUAUAUUGUUUUCAGUGUCUCCAACUACUACAAUAUCAUUAGCAUAGGCUUAAUCUUAACCAAUACUGAUUUCUCGAUAUCAGUUCCUGUUUAUUUACUAUGUAUGAUUCAACUUACCACCUUCAGUUUAAUGUUAAAAAGAAUGCAUUACCUUGCUUUAAUCCAACUUUGGUUUUAAAUUCUUUAGAAUGUGUUUGCUCGAAACUUACUUUGUAUCUUGGUUUUUUUUUUAUACAUAUUAUGAUAGUUGAUCUUAACUUGGCUGGUAUACUUAACAGUUCUAGUGUUUCUUAAGCCAUUUGAUAUCUCAGCAUAACCGGCCAGGCCAGUGGACGUUCGCGCUACAGCGCUAUGAAGAGGCUUUCCUGAACGCAAUUCAAGACCGGCUGGGGUUGUCAACUGGGUAGGGCAGAUUGGGCUCCAGGCUAGUGGGUUUUUGAACUGGAGCAUGAAAACCUGGCCCCUACAAUAGUGUUAAUUAAUUUUAAUUAGUUAUUAAAGGGGUGCUUCGAGACAUCAUAUCUUUCUAAGUUGUAUUUAUUUAAUUUGAUUUGUAUUAUUCAUGUGAGCCUGCUCUGCGAAGGGGAAAACAAGAUUUCCUACAAACUAAUUGUACUAUAAUAUAUUAUGGCAGUAUCGGAAAAUUAAUAUGAAAAACAGAUUCUACAUUGCUGUUAGUUUAAAUAUGAAAAUAAAAGAAUUUGUUUCCAUAGGGCUUCAUUUUUAAUGGUAUCGUGCACUUGACCAAAAUCCAUGUUUAAUAAAUAUAGUUUCUUAUUGAAUUUAUAAUAUUUCCUUAUCAAUUGCUUGAGCAUGAAUAUAUGGUCAGUUGUCAAUCUUGCUCACAAGAAACUACUUAGGGUAGUUUUAAAUAUGUCUCCUAUAAUAUCUACUGUAUGUGGUUUUAGGUAGUUAUGAUAAUGUUGGAGAAUAUUUUAUUUUGUUCCUACUUAGUAAGAAUAUUCUUCUAUAAUUGCAGUAAUCCACCAUAUCUCCUUUUUUUGUAAAUAAGGCAGAAAAAUGAUGUGUUCCAAUUAUUUUGCACGCCAAUAUUUUUUCUAUCAUGUUUUACAUCAUCUACUUUUAUCUCCUAUCUUCAAUAGUUCUGAUGUUAUUUCAUACACCUUCAGCUUUGAUAUUUUUGAGUAUUUUAAUGGUCAUUUUCACUUCCUUUAAACUAGGUUCCUUAUCUUCUGAUUCUACUAUCAUAUAUCUAGUAUUUAUUUGGGGUUCAUCAGAACUCUUAUUUAGACGAUAACAAAUUAUUAUUUAAAAUUCCUUUACUAUUUCUGUCCUCUUCGUUAUCAAUGUUCUGUUUUUGUUUUUCAUUAUUGUUGUUUUUGGCUUAUAGGUAAGCGCAUUGGUUUUUCUGAAGAAUUGUGUUUAAUUUGUAAUUCUUCUAUUAUUUUAAUCUUACCAUAUUUUUUUUCUUUUUGACUAUUUCUUUUAACUUCUCGCUGUUUCUGGCCUAGCAAGUUUCUUUUUUUGUUGCUAUUAUCUUUAAUCACUUCCAAUUUCACUUUUUUUCUGUCAUCUAUUACCUUUUGCAUUUCUCAUUAAACUAUGUUUUUACUUUUUCUUUUGUUCUUUAACAAACUGAUUUCUUAGCUAUCAAUUUUUCAUUUUUAUUUUUUUUUUUUAAUGCUAUUCCAUCUACUUUGUCCUAUUUUAGUUGUUUUAUUAUUUUAACCAGGUAUCUUUUUCAUGUUUGUUGUUUUGUGAGAUUUUCUAAAUUCAGUUUAUUCGUGGUUAAAAAUUUGUUUUUCCAUUCUCUGAGUAUCUUUACUCCACAAUAACCUUAACAUGUUAACUGCGGCAUGGGUUGAAUUGGGUAACCUCUCUUGUGAGGACCUUUUCUUACUUAUAUUACGAGAAUCGUUUUUAUAUUAUAAAAAUAGCCAGAAUUUAAAACUAUGACAAAUGUAUUAAUGAUCUUAAAAAGAUCCUUCCUAUGCGGAGAUGCAAGAACAAAUGACAUUUUAUAGCCUGGUAUUAUUGGGAUUGUUAAAAAAAUAAUGACGAGUUGUUGGCGACCCCUAUAGAGAACAAAUACGUUUUGUCGUCAUCAGCUCUCAAAGUGUUAACCAAGAACUAAUCUGAAUGAUAGCACACUUUUUGGUUACAUCUUACAUCUUGAAUCCAGUGUUUUAUUUGGUGUGUUAAAUCUAUCUUUUUUUGUUUUUUAGAGCAUAUUUGGUAAUUUUCAAAAAAUAAUUAUAUAUUUAUAUAUUUUAUUAUAGGUUUUUAAGAUAUAUAAUAGUUAUAUCUAUUCCUUUAUAUUUAAUAAUAGGAUGUUUAUACAUUGAAUUAUAUAAAUAGAUAAUUUGGUUUAUGUUUGAUCGAUUUCCAAAAAAAUAUCAACUAUUGAGAAAUAAUAAUAGGUAUAAUUUCUGGAAACAUCUUAUGAUUAUAUUAUGUUUUGUAUAAAAACAUACGAUUUCAUAAUUAAGUAACAAUAGAUAUUUUAACAUAAAAUUUGUUAGUUUAGUUAUGUUUUGUAUUUUAGGUGAACACUUCUAGACCAGAAGAUAAUUUGAACCUAUAUAUUUCAAAUAUGGAGGAACAACCUGAGGUAAUAUUAUUAUUUUAUAGUAACCUUAAAUUGGGUGCAUUUCAGUUGGACAUUUUGUACACUUGAAUCCAUCCCGGGGUGUUCUACCUGGUACAUAUAAAUGCUCACACUACAAUCAUGACGUCACCAGAUCUGAGUUCUAUUUCAUCAUUCCACUCUCACAAAGUAGGUGUAAACGUUCGACUAGCAAAGUAAUUGUAUGGAUCUUUUUGCUAGUGGAACAGUUUAUGAGCAUGAAUGUGAGUGUGAGUACUUUAAGCGCAUAAGCAUCCAACAGGAACUUAUUGUAUACCUUGAAUCCCGGAAUAACAAUUUUCAAUGGAAAAAAUAUGAAAAAAAAAAAACUUAUCUAAAACAUUUAAACAUUUAAAUAUGUUUAUAUAAAUAUUUUAGAUACUUGUAGUAUUUAAUAUUUAUUCAAUUUUACAAAAAGUUUGGUGUUUUUAAACAUAUUUAUUUGUAAACUGUUAAAUAAAAUCCUUGAUAGGUAUAUAGUAAUUAAGGUGUUUAUGAUUUUGCAUGUUCUACAGUUUUUAUUUAUAAAUACAUAUUUUGAGUUUUUGUUUUUAUUGUUUAAGUGUAUAUUCACGAUUUUCAAUACACACCGCGAACAAAUAUUAUCAUUUUAUAUUUUCUUUACUGAAUCUAAUCUGAGUUUGAUUAUUUGUAUUUUAUAUAGAUUGUAUAUGAUUUAUCACUAAUGUAUUGUUGAAAAUUUGAUAUUGCUAAACUGAAUAAGUAGGAGGGGUUUUGAAUAGUAGCAUUAAGUAAAAAAAAAAUCAAAGUUUGAAUAUUAUCAAUUCAAAAGAGAAAAAUAAUGUUAGUGCUUGUUUUCUAAAAAUUAUACCAAUUAUAAAUUCAAUGAGCAUAUAAUAGGUUUGGUCUAGGUUAGAUCUAUUUUUUUUUAAUAUGCCAUUUAUUAAUUUAUUUAUUUAGCUUUAUUUUGAUGUAUAAAUGCAUACAUAUUUAUAAAUUUUUUAGUACAUAAACAUUUUAACCCUAAUCUUCAUAUUCUCCUUUGCAUUUAUUCCAAUUAUUUGUGACCAGUUGCUCGUCUUAAACUUCCACUUGACCCAAUUAUUCUUGCAUACACCUACCAUCUUCAUAUCAAUUUCAUGCAACCACCUAUUUUUCAGUCAAUAGAAAUAAAGAUGGGAUUAGUGUAUUAUGUUACGGAUGGAGAGUAUUUUGAAGGGGAUAAAAUUGAUGUAUACAAUUUUCAUUAAAGUUUGUGUAUUUACUAAACUCUUUCGUAACUUCACCCAUUACAAUAGAAAAUUAGUAAGAGUUAAAGGAUGACUCCUGAUGUACACCUUCUUUAACCCAAAAUCCUCUGUCAUAAGUCUUCUCUAAAUCAAUAAAGCCAUAAAUAGGUUUUUCUUCUUUACUUUUCUACAUUCUAUCUUACACAAAGUACAGGUUCCAUUGUCAUUCUCUCUGCUAAAAAACCAAACUGGGUUUUAGAUAUUCAUGUGUCAAGUCAUGAUCGUAACUCUUAUAAUAAUAUUUAUUAUAUAGGCAUGUAUAUUCUUAAAAAAAUAUUUUAUUUAUACCUAUAAAUAGCUGCAGCUAGUAUCCCUACAAUUUCCUGGGAAUAACUAAAAUUAAUAUAACAUUAAUACUACCAGUAAUUUUUUAAAAUGUUUAAUAUUGACCAAAUUUAAUUUUGUGUAAUAAAUGUAAUGUAUGUUAUAACUAUUAAUUAUAAUAAUUGUGUUUUUUCCCAACAUUCAUAUUAUCAAGCUAUAUUGUUGAAAAAUUACUGUGAAAAUUAUUAUUGUUUAAACAUUUUUUUUAAGAAAUUUGUUCCUCGUGAAUAUCAACUUGAGCUUUUAGAAGAAGUAAAAAAAGAGAAUACAAUCUUAUUUUUGCCAACUGGUAGUGGAAAAACGUAUAUAGCUACAAUGCUCAUUAAAGAAAUGGGAGAAUGUUUAAAUAAGUUAGUAGAUAAACAUAUUGUAAGAAAUAAUAAAUUUAAAAUAUUGGUGUUUUUAAUAAUUUAUAACUAUUUGCAGGCCUAUAGGCAAAGGAAGAAAAUGGACAUUUUAUAUUGUGCAAUCUGUGCCAUUGGUAAACCAACAAGCAAGCAGUCUAAGACGACAUUUACCUUGGAAUAUAGGCACAUUUAGUGGUGAUAUGAAUGUUGAUUUUUGGUCUCGAGAUCAAUGGAAUAAUAUAUUAGAAAAAUGUCAUGUAAGUAUCUAGAUAAUAUUUAAUAUCUUCUACCUUCUCACAUCUGAAAUGAGACAAUUUGUCAAUGUCUUGUUUAGAACUCCUCAUACUCUAUUUAAUAAAAUUCUACACUGUCAUUAGACCUAAUGCAACCCUAUUUGUCACCUUUUACAACAGGUAGAUGUACCUUGGAACUACCUUGAUUUCCCUUAGGAAGAAUUGUAUUGUCAACUAUAAAUUGAAUUCUUAAUUCCUAUAGAAACAGUAUCGUGUUUUAUACUGGUAUAAUUAUUAUGCAUAUAAUAUUUUAGAAAAACAUUCUCUUUUUGAAUGUGAGUUUGAAUAUCUAAGUUGCUAUUUAAAAAACCGAAAAAAUAAUUAUAUUAAAUUUACUUAAAAUCUUUGUAGAUAAUCGCUGGUUUUCGGAUUUAUAUAUAUUUGCAUAAUUUAUCAGACUAAGAUAUUUAAAGUUUGAUAAGAAAUGUACAUGACUUAAAUCAUUCUUUUUAAAAUUGUUACUAUCUUAUUUUAUAAUUUUAAUAACGGGAAUUAGGUAAUUUUGCUCUUGUGCACCAUUAUUUGAGUCAAGGUUAUUGCCCGAAAAUACAAACUAAGGCUAUAUAAAAUACUGAUAAGAUUUAUAGUUAUGUAUGCAUGUGGAACUUAAGACUUCAGCAAAGUCUAACAAAAGAAGAUUAAUAUUAUUUGAAACCAAAAUUGUGUGUUAUAUCUACGAUCCUAAAAGAAUACAUACAGGAGAAUACAUAUGAACGAAGAAUAAAUGCAGAACUGAAUGUAACAUUUCGUAUGUUAGGCUUAGUAGGAAUUUUCAAAAGCAUAAGCUGGGUCUGACAUUUCUCAGAAGAGUGGUGGGCCAAAUAUUACAUGUAAUCACAAUAAGGAAAUUAGACAAAAAAACAAAAUACCAUGACUGCAGUGGAUUGAGGUUAAGAAAAACCUCAAGCUCAAGUGAUGAAGAACAACUGGCUAAUGACAGGGAAGCAUGAAGAGGUGUGGUGGAAGCCACAAUUGUCCUACAAGGUCUAGAAUAAGCUAAACAAAAAAAUAUAGAUACAAAUAUUUUUUGAUACUUAACCGUUUCAUCAUUUUUAUGUUAUUAAUCAUAUUGUAGCUGAAAUUAUACAUAUAAAUCUUAAUUUAUAUAUUUGUGAUAUUUUAAACACUUGGAAAAUGUCAAAUUUUAGCAUUUUCCCCGCAUAUUUUACAAAUUAUUAUUACGUAUAUAUUUUUUCUUUAUUUCUUAUUAGGAAGAAGGAAUUACUAUUUCAUCUUCUUUUAUUCGUUUUGCUGUUUAUCAAGUAAAACUUUAAAAGGUUAACUUUUUUUGUAUACAAUAGUGGCUGUAUCACGUACCUAACUUUUUAUUUGAUUUUUUUCAAUCAUAAUUUUGACAGGAAUAUCUUAUAAAAGAAUAUCUAGGACUUUUACAGAUUCAUGUAUAUUACUUGAUACUUUGGUUCCCGUAGUAGAUUGAACUUCUAAAUUAAAGACUUAUAAUUUUAUAUGUGUUAUUAUUGUUAAUAAUCAAAACUUUUAUUACUAAUAAUCAUGAAAUGAGAUGCAUGGAAACAUUGCACUUAUGUAGCUCGUCUUAACACCAGGUGUUCUAAUUUAUCAUUAUUGUUUACUAAUGUAAAUUGUAUUACUGUAUGCUUACCUUGCAGUUCACACUAUGGUGGCCCUUAGCUUACUUUUGUAAUUUUUUUGUCUUACAAUUUGUGGCAUCUUCUCAUUUGUUUUUAAUACUUCAAUAAAAAAUAACUGGACAAUUUUAAAACAAUAUUUCAUGUUGAGUCGUGUCCACGGGCAAUUAAGAUUGAGUAGUUUAUUAAUUUUAGAAAAAAUCUAAACAUUGUGCUUUAUAUUUUAUUUUUAUUUUUUGGUUUUAAGUUGACAAAGUCUUGCAAUACCAAUUAAAUAGUAAAUGUUCCAAGGAUUUAAAAAAUGUAAUUUUCGGCAUUUGCUCAUUAUUUUUAUUAAUAUAGUUACAAUUUUAAGUAUCAAAAUAUGGCAAAAUGGUAUUUUUUUGAUUUAUUCAUCAUAUCAGCUAAACUAUAUUACUUUUGUACUACUAUUUCCCAAAGAUUUAUGAAUAGUGACAUCAAUAAGUAUAUUUAAUUAUCGACCAAAAACCCAUAAUGGACCUUAUCAAUAACGAUAAUGUUAACACAAUAUUGUUUUCUGUAUAAAUAUAGGUUAUCAGUGAUAAUUACUAAUAUGUCAUACAUUAGUUUUAUACUGUCAUUAUAGUCUAUUUUGUUGUAUUGUAUGAAAUAUAUAACUGAAAUAUAUUGAAGUUUAAUUAUGUCGAAAAUUGUAUUAUUCAAAUUAUAAAAUUUUACAUUUAAUUAAAAAUUAAGCAAAUGAAAUAACAAAGCAGUAAACUGCCGUCAAAUUUACAAGUUUUAAAAAAAAAACUUUUUUAAUAUUAGAGUUGUUAUAUUAAAGCAUGUAGGAUAGUGCCUAGUUAGUGAUUUGUAAAGUAAUGAUUUUUUGAAUAAAAGCUCAUAUUCCUACUUCUAUUGAAAAAAAUUGUAUAGAAAAAGUAAUGAAUUUAUAUGAGGAGUGGAGAGCUUUGCAAAAUCAUGCUUGAUGAAUGACAGUAAGCCACAAUCAACAUGAAGAGUAAUUCUCAGUCUAAUUUGAUAAUUUACUUAAUGUAGCUCAUAAUAAUUGUGAUGCAAUAACUGUGAUACCCCACAGAGCAGGCUAUUAAAUUAGUUGAUAAGAGGAUUAUAAUACACAAUUGAAAACCUAUGAAGAGCAAAAACAAUUUGUUUUGCAAGUUGUUUGUGAUAAUAAAAAAAGGUUUACUGAUUGUAACAAAACAAUAUAAAAGCAAUUCUUAUAAACAAAUACAAACUUUAUAAUUAUUUGUAUAAAAAAAUAAUAGAAAAAAUUAUAUAUAUGUAUUUAUAUAUUUCAUUCAAUUUGUAUUGAAAGAGUUUGUCAAUUUAAAAUGAAAAUAUUCUGUAUUAAAAUUUUAUUUUUUUAGAUUUUUUCUUAAGAAAUGGCAGAACUAUUACUCAACUUCAAGGGCCCAAAGACAUGGCUUAAACUUGAAAUAUUGAUUUCAAAUUUUGCAAUUAUUAUUUUUUAAGGUGUUAAAAGCAAAUAUAUCGCAAACAAUUUUAAACAUCUUUUCUUAAGAACUACCCUAAUGCACACAUAAUAAUAAAAUAAAUAAAUACAAAUUUCUUUAAAUUUUUAAAAAAUCCUACUAAAAAGUAAACAAAUUAUUUUUUAAAUUAAAACUGUGUAAUUAUGAUAAACUUAAUGAAAACCAUAGCGCUUGCACUAUGUGAGACAUUUUGGUGAAAAUAAACAAACGCUAACUAACUUAUCUGACAGAUACCAGAAAUGUACUGGUUUUAUAAUGAUGCUAAUUUUUUUCCUAUAAAUAACUUUUCUACCAACAAUUUUACCCAGAUUUUCAAGUGUGGCACUUUUUCUGAAAGGAAAUCUGAUUGAGGUGGGUACUUUUGGUGGUAAUUUUUUUAUUUUUCCAGGAGUUUUCUUAAUAAUUGUGAAAAAAUGGGAACAUUUUAAAAUGUAUUAUUUUCAAAUUGUAAAUAUUAAUCUUUCAAAUCAUGUAUAACUGAACUCUACUCAGAAUUGUGUUUUGCAUUAUCAAUGAUUAAUAUUUGAGUACAGGUUUACAUUAAAUUCCCCCUCUACCUUCCCAAAUUCUCACCUAUAACUGUAGCCUUUGAAAUAUUAAUAAAUCAUAUUUUAUUAGAAUCUUCAAAAGUUGUAAGUUAAUGUUCAGAGUACAUUCACCAAGGUGCUGUGGAGUAAUUUUAGAUUUAGAGCAUAGCGAGGGUUUUAUUGGUUUUACUAUGAUGCAUUUUUUUAAUUUUUUAAAUCUGUUGAGACUUUUCUAACAUUAUUCUGUUGUAUAGAGUGUUGUACUUUUUCUGAAGGAAAUUUUGUCUAGUUUGUGUGUAGAAAGUGGUUGUUUGAUUUUGUGUAUAGCUUUUCUAAUGCUUAUGAAAAAAAACAUUAGAAAUAUAAAGUGUAAGAAACACAAGAAAUAUUAAAAAGUGUAAGAAUCAUAAGAAAUAUGAUAAGUAUACAGCAAUUUGGUUUUUUUUUUCGAUUAAAUAUUGAAGAAACUUUACACAAAGUACUUGUAUUGGCCUUUUGUAGGCAUGGUAGAAUUUUCAAAAUAAUUCUAACUAUUUUUAGACUAUAGGUAUAUAAUAUUUUCGUGUUUUCAUAUUAUGUAUUUUUAUUUGAUAGGUAUUCAAAUUAUGACUUAGUAGAAAUGCUUCAAAUUGUAUUACAAGGUACAUUAUAAGUUGUAAUUAUUGAUCUACAAAAAAAAAAUUGAGUUUAAUGUAUUAGUUUUUUGUUGUAUUUGGGAAUUUAUUUUUUAAAAUUCUUAUUGACAGUUAGAAAAAACUAGUUCUUAAGGUUAAAACAGAUUUAAUGAUUAAAAGUAAUGUUGUUGGCAACCGUUUUAUUUAUUUUUGUUGUAAUUAAGUUGCUUUUAUUUUAAUUUCAUUUUUUUUUUUUUCAAAAAAAUAUCGUAAAAUUAUAUAUUGUUGAAAAAUCAACCUGUGGUGCAAAGUAUGUCCAUCUUUUUUUUUUAAAUGUCUAGUACAAAAGUUGUUAAAAGGCAGAAAAACAAUAUCUACUUAUAUUUCAACCAAUACAUUCUUCACUACACUCAUACUUAAAGAAAAAAAAUAAAAUUACAGGAAAACACAUGUUUAACUUUAUUCCUGUAUCCAACACCUUAAUUAUAAAUAUUAAACUUUACAUAUUAAUAUUAUACAUUGAAUAUAUUGAUGAAAUGAUUGCUGAGGUGAAGAAUUCCGGAGCUAAACUAUUCAGAUCUCCGAGUGGGGACUGCUAAUACAAUUUCGUCAAAAGCUAGGUAUAAUACAAUAGCGACAUGGAUUAAAAGAUUGUUGGAAGUUUGUGGAAAACUCAAUAAUGUUGGAAAUGGAAUGACUUAAAAUUGAUGUUUUGGGUAUGAGCGAAAUAAGAUGGACCAGGCAAGAAGAAUAUAGAAUAAUGUUUAAUGGCAAUGAACGUAAAAUCACUGGGGUAGGCUUAAAAUUGAAUUAAAAGCUUGGUCAUAAGAUCAAUACCAUCAUACAAUAUAAUAAUAGCUAUUCAAAUAGAAUCAGAACUGUUAGCCACUUUUAUAAUUCAAGUAUUUAUGCCCGUGUCUAGCCAUAAUGAUGAAGAGAUAUAUAUCAUCUAUGUAAGAAGAAGAAAUGUAUGAAUAAAUAUCAAAAGAACCAGAAAUUGCGAAAGGCAAAGAUAAUUUAAUUAUACUAGGGGACUUCUUGUAGAAGAUAAAUUGAAACGAGAAAAGAAAAAGCUUUUCACCACAAAAACGUUAUGCAGUAAUAUUAGAAAAACAUUGGUAUGGAGCAGUCAUUAACAAUCCUAAAAGUUGAUAGGAAAAAAAUAGAAUCUUUUGAAACUAGAUGUUGGAGAAGGGCAUUAAAAAUCUCUUGGACCAAACGAAUGUUAAAUGAAUAGGUGUAUCAGGAAACACAUAAUGAAAGACCAAUAUGGACAACAGUUGGCGAGAAGAGAAAAAUAUUGAUAGGACACCUAAGGAACAAUACAUGGAUAUUUUAUAAUUAAAGGAAAAACCAGGGAGAGGAAGGCUCAGAGUGUCUCAUAUACAAAGCAAAUCAUGUUGGAAUUAGAUAAGUGAUCUUAUGCAGAAUUGAAAAAAGUUGCUAUGGAUAAGGAGAAGUGGAAGAGCUGAUUUAGUUCAAUAUUUAGACACUUCCAUAUUAAAAGGUUUUGGAAUAGACUGGAAAUUUGAUGGUUUAUGUUUAUCAAAUUUCUAUUUGAAUUUUCUUUUAAAAUUUUAAAUAAUCUAUUUUAUUCUUAUUUAAAAUUAAUGGUAAAUUUAUUUAUAAUUUUCAGAUUAUGGUUAUGACUGCUCAGAUAUAUUUAAACAAUCUACAUCACGGCUACAUGAACAUUUAUGAUGCAAAUUUAAUUGUUGUCGAUGAGUGUCAUCAUGCUGUAGCAUUACAUCCAUUUAAACAAGUUGGUUAAUUUUGGAAAGUUAAUUUCAGAGAAAUGUAGUUGUUAUUAAAUAUUAAAUAAAUAUUUCGGGUUGUAUAAAUGAAUAACUGAUAAAUACUAAUAAAAAAAAUCUUAUGCUGGAGACGGGUGUGCCACUGUUAUAGGUGGAAACAUAGGACACAUAGGUUAUUUAAUUUAUAUCUUUAAGCAAUACAAAAUGAUUCGGACCAAACUUAGGUUAUACAUGGUUUGAAAAGUCAUAAUAUUUACGAUUUUUUAUCAAAAAUUUACAUUAAAACUAAAUAACUUGUACAAAGAAUAAAUUACAUUACAUUAAACUUUUUUUAACCACUAAGUAUAACUAGUAAUAAAUCUUCUAUUAAACUUUUAAUUUUCAAGUAUUUCUGUUUGGUUGAACAAUUUUAUCUGCAAGGUACAUACCAAAUAAAACUGACGUAAAAACUCUCAAAAUUAAAAUGUCUAUAAAUAGCUCAAGUUUUUUAAAAAUUUACCAUGUUGAGCAUAAGCAAAUAUAAAUUUUUUGUUAGUAAGUUGUUUUUUAAUUGAUGCAAUAUUUUUGAUAGAAAACUUAAAAAUAUAAAAUAAUGAAAUUGUAAACCGCCGUAAAUAUUUGUAGUUUUCCGAUCAUUUUUUAUUCAGUUCCCAAUUUUGAAAACCUCUUGGAAAUUCAAAAAAUAGUCACCACAAUGCACCAACUUGAUUAAAUUCCCUUUCAGAAAAAGUACUACACUUAAUCUACUAGAGUAAGUAUUCAUUUUGAAAAGUUGUUGACAGACAGAAAAAAUAUAUAAAAAUAAAUCACACAUAGUAAAACUAAAAUAUCCUAAAACUACCGCAUUACACUUACCUCUUUAUUAGCCUCUAACUCUUAUUAAUUUUAAAAUAUUUUUAUUUCAUCAAAUAAUUUUAUCCACAUUAAACCUAAUAAAAACUUUAUACACUCAAAAGUAUGUCCAAUAGCUAAAUCACCAGAAUGUUUAAAAUGAUCCCACUAAAAAAGGCUGAUAUAUGUAUUUUGUGAAACAUAUCAGAUUUUCACGUUUUAUUUAACCUAUUUAAAAAAAAAAAAAUAAUGAAACCUAUAUGGUAAAUUUUCCUCUUUUUCUCAAGUUUUUUUGCAAUUAUAAAAAAUAUGAGGAAAACUUAAAAACAAAACCAUCAAAGAAAAUUUAAAAUUAUGAAUUUGUUAACAAAACCGAAAAAAAAAUAAGAUAUAUAUAGUAAGUAGUAGUAUAUAUAUAUAUAUAUAGUAAGAAGAGGUAAAUUUAUGAUAAUAAUGCUUAUAUUAUUUUCCAAUUUGUUAUUUGCUGUAAUUCCGUUGUAAAUAUUCGUAGAGGAGACUUGAAAUUUGGACAGAAAACUUUUAUUUGCCUUUUCUAAACAUGGUAAAAUUUUUAAAAUAUUUUAGCCAUUUUUGAGCUAUUUAUAGACAUUUAAAAUUUUUUUUAGUUAAUACUCUGUGGAUAAAUUGUUAGACCAAACAGAAAUUUUUAAAAAUUUAACAGAAGGUUUAUUACAAGUCGUACUUUGUGAUAAAAAUACAAUUUAUUGUAUUGUAGAAUUUUGAUGAAAAUCUUAAAUAUUACAGCCUUUUAAAACAUGGGACUUCGUUAAAAAUCAUUUUUCUUUAGCAAUGUUUAAUUGUUGCCUACUGAAAUAAAUUAUUUAAAUUCCCCUCUAUAUCUUACCUUCUCAACUUUAGGAAGGUAGGAUAUAGUAUAUACACCUAUGAUAGUAGCUCACCCAUCGUGCGAAGUAUGUCCAGACUUUUUAAACUAUAUUUUGAAGAAAGUUUUCCUCUUUCUAACUAAACGAAAAUAUUCUAGAUUGGAUUACUGUACGAGGUAUUAAAGUUUUUCCUGUAAAAUAUGAUUUGAGCAACAAAACAUAAGUUUAAGUGUAUAAAAUACAAUUUUGCAUUUUUAACUAAGUGGUGAUUAAUUAUGGGUUUCAAAUUUUUUCUAAUUAUUUAAAAGUCUAAUUUAUAUUCUAGUUUAAUACAUUAAUUAUAAGGUUUUCAAUUAUCUACUGCCGAUGCUCACUUAGGGGGAACAUAUUUUUUACGGACAAAUAUGACAUUUUAAACUGAAAAGUCAGACAAAACUAUAGGAAAUGUUUUUUUAAAUUUUUAAAACGUAUUUUGUGUGAUUUUUUACAUUUUUACUUUUUAAUUAGGUUAUAUGAUGUGUUAAAUAUUAAAAAAAUAUAAUAUUUUUUUUAUGAUUUCGAUUAAAAUAAUUACAUUUUUAUUUCCAACUGUAUCCUAGUAAAGAAUCAAAAGAAUUAUUUGUCAAACAAUUCCUACAGUUUUGUCGAACACAGGACACACUGUAUACAUAGUUUCAAUUGUGAUUUCUUGUUGCUUAACUUGAUCAUGUAUUAAGUAUAAUUUUCACACAAAUUAAAACUGUGAGUUCUAAAAAAAUAUGUGUCAGAUUAAAAUUUUUAAAACAAUUUAUAUAUAUUACAAAUAGGCUAUUUUGAAAAAUAAAAAAUUUAAUUUUGAUUUAAAUACAUAAACCCCCAAAAGAAAAAUGAAUAGGAAAAAAAAUAUGUAUCCAUUUAUCCAGAAAUCAUUUUGAAAACAUCCUGAUUAAUAAUUAUUAUUUUGAUUGUAACUUUAUAAUAAUUUUCUUUUUUAUAAUUAAUUGAUCUGUUGUAUUAUUUUAUUUUCUAUUCAAAAAAAAAAAAAAAAACAUUAGAUAAUGCAAGUAAUUCAUGAUACUGAUUUUCGAAAAAAGACGCGUCCUCAUAUACUUGGACUCACCGCUACUUUAAUUAAUUCAAAUGCCAAAAAUGUCAAAGAAGAAUUAACUAAAUUGCAACAAACUUUUAAUGCUGUUAUAAAGACAAGAUAUGAAAAAGAUAUCAAAGUGUAAUAACUAAAUAAAGAAAUUAAUUAUAAGAUAUUAAAUACAUUAAUAACAGUUUUUCAGCACGCCCAGAGGAGUUUAUACAUUUAUAUGAUGAGUAUAUCAUUGAUAAAACAAUGUUACCUGUUAUUGAUAAAAUAAGAUUAAUUAAUGAUUAUGUCAGAAAAUUUCAAUUGCCUAUUAAUAGUAUACCAAUUGUAGAACAAAAAAAGAUUUUUUACUUGGACUAUCAAAAACAACCUUCUAGGAAUUUAGCAAAUUAUUUUCUUGACAUAGAGGUAAGAAGUUCAAGUUAAACUUUUAAGAAACUAAUUCUGAAUAUAUUCUGUUAUUUUAGAUUAUUUUUAUGGAAAGUGGUGCAUAUGCUGCUUAUUUAGCUACUUGGCAUUAUAUUAUAGAAGUUGAAAAAAAGAAAAAACUUUGUAAAGAUACGGAGAAAAGUUUAAUGUUACUUGUGGUAAUGUCAGAAUUAACUUUAAUUAGAAAAGCAUUUUAUGAUUUCAUAAAACUCAAUUCAAUGAGUGAAAAUUGUUCUUCAAUUUUAAUGAGUGAAAAUUGUUCUUCAAUUUUAAUGAGCAAUGCUUCACCGAAAUUAAAACUAUUAGUAGAUAUCUUAAAAAGUAUACAACGCACAGAUAUUUGUUUAAUAUUUGUUGAUCGUCGAACUUCAGCAAAAGUUCUAUAUCAUUUCAUCAAGGUAUUUUAUUGAAAGCUGUUUAACUUAAUUAUGGAGCUAAUUAUUAAUUUUUUAUAGAACUUAGUUCACGACAAUUUUCUUAAAAAUAUUGAAUGUGAUUAUGUAGUAGGAGCAAGAGGAAUGUAUAACCUAGAUACUAAAGAAAUGAUGUAUAAAAAACAUCAAAAUAAUGAUAUUAUUAAACGGUAUUUCAAAUAUUUUGUAUUAAAUUUACUAUACACAGUGAACAAAAUUAUAUUUAAAACAAAAUAUUUCUUUUUAGAUUUAAUGAAAAUACAAUUAAUGUGUUGAUAACAUCAGAGGUACUUGAGGAAGGUGUUGACAUUCAAACUUGUAAUUAUGUCAUACGGUAUGAUUCUCCUAAAAAUUUCCCAUCUUAUGUACAAUCCAAAGGCAGAGCAAGAUGUAAUGGAAGUAAAUUUAUUGUUAUGGUGCCAAAUCUGAUAAAAUUUAAAAAAACACACACUGAGUUUGCUAAAAUGGAAGAAGACAUAAAUAAGGUAUACUGCUAAUUAAUAUAUGUUUAUAAUUUAUAUGGAUCAUUUUAUUUCUAUUAGUAGUAUCCACAUGUUUAGUUUUAUUUAUUUACAAUUUAUGGAUUAAGCUCUUUGAAUAUAAACAGUUAAUGAUUAAAAAAUGUUUAGGGCCAGAUAGGGCUAAUUUAUUUUUCUGGGAACUAUAUUCCAGAGUCUCUGAAAAAUAAUUAAAAUUGUUUUUAUUUAUAUAUAUAAUAAAAUAAGUACUAAUUAACAUACAAAAUAAAAAACCAAUUAAGCAAUAGUAAAUAAUUUAUUAUAAUAUACUAUUAUGCUGAAACAAUACAGUCUUCUAAUGUACCAACAUUUGUCGGUAUCAUGAAAACAUGUUUUGUUUUCUAUACUUAUUUAUUUGUUUUGUACUAGAAAAAAAUUAUUAUGCACUAAAUACAUAAAACAUUUAUAAAGUAGCUGUAUCAACCAUUAUUUUAUUUAUCUGAAACUAUUCAUCAUUAUUGUUAUAAUUGUAUUGAUCAAUUAUACAAUUUCUUAUUAAUUUUGGCCAUUUGUAAAUAGUUAUUAUUUGUUUAUUAGGGUUGACAAAACAUUUAAUUUUGUUGAUGUGGGCACAUAUUAAUAUUUUAUUUGUGUAAUUGUAAUAAUACUAUAGAAUAUUAUUAAAAAAAAAAAAUCCAUUUCGCCAACAUCAAUUUUAGUGGAAUAGCAUUAUUUUUUUUUUUAGACAUUUCAGUUGAAUAUGACUUUCAUUUUUGAAGGGUUAUGAAGAAAAACAAUAAUAGUCAAUGUACCUAAAAUGUUCAGUAUUAUGGAGUUUUAAAGUUCUAGAACUAUAUUAAAACCUUGUAAAACCGUUUAUUUAAAUCUUUGUUAUAUCACUGACCUUUAAGCCCCAACUCGAUUUAUAUAUCAAUUCGGUCAGAAAAAAUAUUGAAAUGAUAGUAUUUUAAUAUUAUCCUAUUUUUUAUUUUAUUCUUUUGACUAUUAGUUCAUAAUCAAAAGAGUGAACUAAGUUCAUAAUUUUUUCAUUUUUUCUGAAUAAACUUUGCACUUUUUUUCAAUUUUUUCAGUUUUCUCAUCAAAUUUAAAAAAAACCGAAUAAAAACAGGAAAAUAUAAGAAAUGUAGAUAAUAUUAAAAUAUAUUACUGCCGUUUUUUUGUCUGUGAACUUUUCUAAAAGGGAAUUUCACUAGGGAGAUACUUUAGAGAGGCCAUUUUUUAAUUUUCCCUAGAAUUUUUCUAGUAAAUAUGUAAAACCAGGAUAAAACAUGGGAAAAAUGGUAUAACAUUAAACAAAUUUUAUUUUGAGAAUAUAUAAACCCUAUUUUAUUAUUUUUAAGAUUCUGAGUGUAGCGAAUAAUUGAUUGGUUUUAAUAAUAUUUUUAUUUUAUUUUUUUAUAUAUACAUAAAAAUUAUGUAUGUAAUCAUAUAUUAUAAUUAUAUUAAAAUAUAUGUGCAUACAAAUUUGACCAUAAAUCUUAAUCAGAUAUAUAGUUGCACCAUUGUUAAAAGUGAAUGUUGUCCAGAUGGUACUUUUAGGAGGUUAUUUUUUGAUUUUCCAAGCGGUUUUCAUAAAAAAUCUGGAAGAAACCAGGAUAAAAUAUAAUUAAAAAGGUUUAUUAAGAGGUUUAUUAAGAGUCUUACUUUGUGGUGAAAAAAAAAAGAAAUUGAGUUUAAUGAAGUAUUUUUUUUUACAAGGGAAUUUUAAUCUCAAAUUUUGGCAAAAAGAUUUGUGUGGAACAAAUCUAAUUUUUAAAUUUUUUUUUUUUAUGAACAUAUGUGUAUUGCUGAUUUAAAAAUGAUGGUGAAGUCAGGUAAUUAAGUGGACUAAUUAUGCGGUUAUUAUAUGUUAUGUUAAAUAACGCUACUAAACCAAAGUGUUGAAAAAAAUUGUUUGUAUUUUUUUUCUCUUUUACCUAAACUAAAAAGAAACACAUACGUUUUGGAUGUACCUAGAAACUCACGAUUCUCAUAAUAAAGGUAAUUUAAGAUCUGCACAGAGGGUCACCCAAUUCAACCCAUGCUACAUAACUGUUUGGAGUUCAUUUUUUGCUGUUCAAACAAUAUGUUUACUUCCUUACCCUCAUUAUCCAUCGUUUGCCCUGACUCCUACCACUCUCCUUUAUCUAUUAUCUUUCCUUUUACUACUAUGGCAAAAAACAUUUCAUCUUGUGCCUACCAUGACUUUAGAGUUAAGAACUAUACUUCUGUUUCACAAUUCUGUCUGAAUUUUAAUUGGAUAGCCUUAGCUGCUUUUGCAUGCUAUAACAUCGAGAACACUGCUUCUGUCUUUAACGACACUAUAAUGCCAUCAAUAUAUUUGUCUGUAAAAAAAUCUUACGUUACACUCCAAAUUCCCUUACAGGGUCUCCCCAAUCUAAAAAAACCUAAUGUUCCUUGAAAAGCGCGCCCAUAUAAAUUUUAAACAGUUAAAGCUAGCUUUUCACUAUUCUACCUUUUUUGAGCUGAGAGCUAAAUGCAAGCAUCAAUCAAAAUUGGACUACCAUGUGUGUAUUAAAAAAACCAACUCAUUUUUUCAUCCUUUCUUACUAACUUCUGGAAGUAUCUUAGGAACCUCCAGCAAAAGCCACUUUUUCUCUCUAUGAUUCACCUAGAUGACAUUUCUUCUACUACCGAUAUAGCCAAACUUUUAAUGUUUAUUUUGCCUCGGUUUAUAACGAGGAAUUACCAUCUUCAAUGCCUGAUGCUCUACAUCAUAGUCUAGCCUUAUAUGACAUUCCAUCUAACGUUUAUUUCUUCCCCUGUAACAUUAUUCAUGAACUUUCCUAACUGAAAAAUAAUAAUUCUUCAGAAUCUGAUAGUAUUUCUGCAACCUUUCUCUAUAAUUGUCGCUUCUCACUAAUGUUUCUCACUUUUCUUUUGUUUUGACGCACCAUGUAUGGCUUGGGACAUUUUCCCAAGUGAUUGGAAAAUUGGCUCUGUGUCUCCUAUUCUAAAAUCUGGUGACUCAUUCAAUGUUGCUAAUUAUAGACCAAUUGCCAUCCUUUCUCACUUAUCCAAGAUUUUUGAACUUAAAGCCCUUACUUUAAGUCCAAUAUAAAGAGGAGUUUUAAUCAUGUAAUCAUUGACCAGCAGCACUUUCGACCCGCUGAAUCUAUACUGUUAUGAGUAGUGUUAUAUUCUCAUCUUACAUAUUACAUCUAAUUUUGAAAAAAUACCAAAGCUCUAGAACAAAAAAAAUUAAAAAUUAAACAGUAAGUUGGGUAUUGGGUAAACCUUAAAAAACAAUAUUUUAUUACACUGGGUCUUGAGUAUUGACCAAGUAAUAAUUUACAUACAUAACGGUAAUAUAACUCUAUGGUCAGAUACCUGAAACCUCUCAAAUAAUGUAUUUUUCUAAUGUAUAUAUUUUUUUCUUUUUUUUAGACAUUAACACUAAAUGAAAUUGAUGAGGAAAAUAUUGAAGAAAAUGUAGAAGAAAUUUUUAAAACUAAAUUUGCAUCAUUAACCCAUGACACAGCCAUAAGUAUUAUUAAUAGGUACCUAUUUAUUAAAUAAAACUAAUACAUAUGUAAACAUUUACGUUUCAUUUAAAUAUUUACGACCUAACAAAAGUUGGUUACAAUGGAAUUUGUGUGGUAGCUAGGAGACAUUAAAAUAUAAUAAUUUCAAAUUGAUAAGAUUAUACCCGUAUUUUCUCUAGUGACUUAAGACAUUUUUGCUUAGGAGGGCAAGAGGUAUAGCCAGACUUACAUCUUGUACUAUAAAACAUGCAGAUGACAUACACCAAUUACACCUUAAAAACUUACAAUUCCAUAUAAUCAUAGAGUUAAUAAUAAUUUCUCAAUUGGAGUAAUAGCAUUAGUUCUGCAAAAAUAAAAUGUUUUAUUUACACAAUAUCCAUGUUUUGACAUAUUACAACACACAAUUUAUAUUGAUAAUUGACUUACUCAACAAGUUCUUUGUCGUCAUCAAACCUAACCUUUGGUACCUUCUGUUCAUAAUAAUAACUAAUAGUUCAUAUAUUUUAAUAUAUUGAAUAUUGACAUUUGAUAACAGUCAUUAUUAUCAACAUUUUUAAUGGCGACUGGAAGUUAUGGUACUUUAGGGAAAUCAUUUUUUGAUUUUUCUCAUAUAAUUGAAAAACCGAAAGAAAAAAAACAGGGACAAAAUAAGUAAUGUAGGUAUUAGUUAAAAUAAAUUAUGGACUUUUUUCCUGUGAAGAUUCUUUAGAGAGGCCAUUUUUCGAUUUUUCCAAGUUUUCCCAGUAAAUGUGAAAAACCGAGAAAACGGUAUAACUUUAAACAAAUAUUAUUAAAGAAAAUGUUUAAAGCCCAUUUAAUUAUUUUACUAUAAUAUGACAUGUACAAGUUUUUUUAUGUUUUAAAAAUCAAACCAUUAAGGUGGCCUUUGUUUUGAUCAAUGCAUUGAGAUAGUCGAGUUUUGAAGUUUCUCUCCACCCUUACCAGUAUAUUGACAAGUACGUUGUCGAUAGCAGCUUGAAUAUUGUUCUUCAGUUAAACUAGGGUCUUUGAACAUUCGGUGUAAAAUAAAGAUUUCAGAUAGCCCCAUAAUUAUCUUUAAAGGACACAAAGGCGCCAAGAGACAUAUUGUCAAGAACGGCCUUGCAUCCAUUUUCCUGUGUAAAAAAUUGUGUGGAUUAGUUUUUGCACUACCAAAUUUAUAGGAACAAAAUUGUAGUUCUUGGUAAAAAAUUUGUCUUACAGAAUGAACAAUCAUCUUAAGACGAGCUACAUGUUUACGUGCAGAUCUCAAAAUUGACUCCCUAACCUGCUUGAUUUUUUUGGGUGUCCUGAUGAUUUUUGAACCGCUUGAAAAAAAAACUUUUUUAAGUUUUUUUUUCUGUACAUUACCAGUUUCUCUUAAAGUAUCCACUCAUAAAAUAAUUGAUUUCUGAUCAGGAAAACGACCUACGGGGAUGAUAUUAAAGUUAUUUUUGAAUGCAUGUAUGGCGAUGGUUUGAACAGAUGCCUGAAAAGUACAACUCCAUAGCGAAUGCACCCUCCUCUCGUCCACUGUAUGUUCGUUACUUAACUUACAUAAUAUAAAAUGUAAGAUACCGCUCUUUCGAAUAAGUACCACCCUACCCUUCUCAAAAUAAAUGCUACUAUAUGGUGCGAGUUUCAAAUAAAGAAGUUUCCCUACCACACCCUGUAUAUAUUGUCAUUAAGUUAUACAUGUAUAGAAUUAGAGUUAGGCAUAAAUUCCUAAAAUUAAAGUCGGUCCAUCAAGAAAUUUAAUAUUACCUACUUAAUUGUUAAUUCUAAUUAUGAACGUUUAUUUAUGUUUUCUAGGUAUUGUUUUUCUUUGCCACAAGAUCGUUUCACUAAUUUAACUCCAGAAUGGUAUAUCUCUGAAAAUAAUAAUAAUAUUGAUUUCAAAAAAUACAAACUCAAACUACCAAUUAAUAGUGCCAUUAAAACUCCUAUUGAUGUAAUAACAGCAUAUAUUUAUUUUAUUUUAUUUUUUGAAUAUUAAGAGAAUGUUACAUCCUACAUUGACUGUCUCAGUCUAACAGAGUAAAAUUAUGUUAUAUAGUCCGCAUCAAUUUCAAGAACUGCGAUCCUUGUUUUCUGCUUCAGCGUUCUUACCUAUGGUUAUUCUUACUUAUGCCUGAUUGCAGUGCUGGCACUAUCAAUUGUUAGAACAUCUUGUCCACUUCCACUAUGAGGUAUUCAGUAUUGGUUUUACUAAUGUUAAGUCCUCAGCAUUCUUAAUGGAUUUGCAAAUUACAAGUUUCUUACCUUAAUCGUCCAGCUAAAGUUUCAUGGGUAUAAAACUCACCACAGCUUGAAUAUUAUCCAACAAAUUUAGUACUCUGCUAUUAGUUUCUAAAAUUCUACUGUGCAGAUAGAGACGAGCCUAGUCCUACGUAAAUGCUAUCCAUGGCUGUCAUUACUUUGUCAAGGACACUUCACCUAUUAAUCAGACUGAGACAGUGAAUAUUGAUGUUAUGUAUUCUAAAUCACUAUAACUGAUAUUUGUUAUAUAUUUUAUUAUUAUUAUUAUUAUUUAUAAAUGGUUUAUCCUAAUUUGGUUUUUUGUGAAGGGAGCAUUUUGUAAAAAUAAAAAAAAUGCUAAAAAAAGUGCAGCAUUUAAUGCAUGUGUUGAAUUGUAUAAAUGUGGAGCAUUAGAUGAUCGGUUGUUACCUAUACAAGUUAAAAAUAAACCUAUAUUUAAAGAUGUAAAUUGGUUUCCACAUUGGGAUGAAAAAGAUAUUGAAGCGGCCUCAUAUAAUUUAAAACCAGGAACUAAUAAAAUGAAAAGAAUGGUUAAUAUUAAAGUAAGUUACUACACUCUCUUAUUGUCUAUGUAGUAUAACAAUUAAAAACCAAUUCUAACCUAGAGUACAUCAUACUUGUAUGGAACAUAUCCACAAAAAAACCAGACAUCAUAUUUACAUGUAAUCCAUUGCACUCCUACAUAUGACCAUUUGAGUGAUAUAAAAUAUGAAACAUUUGAUAAACUAUUAAGAUCAAAUAAAGAAUUUGGAAUUUUAACAUCGGCAAAAUUACCACAUGUAAGUUAAAAGUUUUUUAAUAAAUAAUUUAUGCUAAUGUAAUCAAUUAAUAAUUUUAUAAACAUUAUAACCUACAAUCUCCUACUAAAAUCUAGUUUGGGAUUAGAGUUUAAUGGUAAAAUAUAUGUACCUAAUAUAUUAUAGUUUAAGUGAUCAAUACCUUUUAUUUUACAGGUAUCAAACUUUCCUAUUUUUUUAAACUUUGGUGAUGUUAAUAUUCAAAUAAAGGUAAAUGUUGAUGAAAUAUUUCUUGACAGUGAAGAUCGAGAAAAAAUAGAACAUUUCCAUAAUAAAUUGUUUGUGGAUGUACUGGGUGUGAAAGAUUUUAUUUGUAGAUGUUACAGUAAUGAGGAUAAUGCAUACUUAAUUGUGCCUAUUUAUUCUAACGGUUUGAUAUAUUUUUUAUGUUUGUACAUAUGUGUUCUGUUUUUUUAUAUUUAAAUUAUUUAAGGUGGCACAUUUAAUUUGGAUUGGAGUGUCAUGAAUAUUCAUGAAUUUGUUGAACUAGAAUUUCCUACAAUCGAACAAAGAGAAUCUAAAUUUUAUGAAGAAUAUCUAAAAACACCUCAUGUUAUUUCACCAUGGUACAGAAAUAUUGAACCAAUUCAAGUAAUAAUACAAAUUAGUUUAAUACAUUAAAAACAAAUUCAUUACGGUUGGUUUAUUUUAAUUGAAUUGAUUGUUAAUUUUUAAAUUUCAAUAGUCACAUUACUUAUUAAUGUUUUUGGUGCAAUAAUUGUUUAUAAAAUAAAUUUGCCGUAUGAAAAUAUUAAAUGAUUAUUUUAGGGGGGAAAAAUUUAUGUGUACAAAUAACACAUCAUUAAAAACAACCAAAUUCUAUGGGUAAUAGAUCACUGAGUUUCCUAUACACGUUAAACUCAAUAUAACGGUUUUUUUUUUCGUUAGAGAUACGUUGUCACUGAUGUUCAUUAUGAUAUGACACCUGAAAGUGCUUUCCCAACUAAUGAGUUUGAUACAUAUGAAUCAUACUUCCUUGAUAAAUAUAGCAUCAAUGUGAUGAAUAAAACACAGCCGAUGAUAAAAGUAAAAUCAUUGAGAGUGUCAAAAAUAAAUUAUUUAACUCCUAAGUAAUUAUAUUAUAUUAUUUAAUUUAAAGCAUAUAAUUUAUUUUCAAAACUUAUUUUAUAGAAUUUCCACUGGUAAAAUUGAUAAACGUAAUGAAUACAUUGAGAUACUUGUACCAGAAUUUUGUAUUUGGCAUAAGUUUCCAUCAGAUUAUUGGUUAAAAGCAUUAAUGUUACCAACUAUAUUAUUUCGAUUAAAUUCAUUAUUACUUGCAGAAAAUCUUCUAGUAAAAAUAAAUACUAUGUGCAAUAUUAUUGUAGAAAAAAAUGAUCAAGGUAAAUCAAAUUUAUUAUGCUCUUUUAUUUGUUUAUUAUAUGAAAUAAAUCCAUUUACAAUAGUUAUAUAUAUAGUGUUGCAGUAUUAUAAAAGAUAUGAUAUAAUACAUGUGUUUAAAUUUUUGUUUCAUUUUUAGAGGAUAGGUUAGAGAUGGAUAAUUUUUGUGGAUUCAAUGAGGUGAAAAAAAAAGCUAUAAUUUUACCAAUUGGUGAAACAUUAAAAUCUUUAAACAAUUCAUAUGAUAAUAUUGGUACUACUUGGAACUCAAAAAAUAUGCCCAUUGAUAUAGAUAGACAAAUAAAUACUACAAUGCUUGAUGUUUUAAAUUACCAUACAUUUAUGUAUGAUUCAACAAUAUUCAAAUCUAGGGAAAAUAUAGUGAGUAAAAUUAUAAAAUUGUAUGCUAUUUUAGUUAUGUUAUAUAGUAGAAUGUAAAAUUAUUAGAAUCAUACAAAUGUAUUAAAAAAUAAAAAUAAAAUGUAUAGUCUAUCCCACUAGAGAUCAGGCCACUUCUGUGUAUGUAUAAUGUUAAAACUGACUUAAGAGUGUCAACCGAUGACAAGGUUGUGGUUUGAGGAUGUACAGCAGAGAGCAACCUUAUCUCUCGUGGGACAUGCUCCGUAAUUUUAUUAAUAAUAUUUAUUAUUAAUUAUCUAAAUUUUGAACUGAAAUCUGGCGAAUAAUUUGUAAACCGAACAAAGUUUUCUUUUUUGAAUUGUAGGUAUUUUAUUAUCCAUUUUUAAUAAAAGUAACACUGUAUCUGACAAGCAUUUUAAAAAAUGUCAACAUGUCAACAAAUAUUAAUACAUAAUAAAUUUAAAGUAUAAAAUAUAAUUUAUUUAUAACCCAUAUAAAUACAUUAUGUAUAUAAUACUAUCAAAUCAUUUAUCUAUGAAUAAAGGUUAUUUCCUGUAUCACAAGAAAAUGGGGGAGAGAGUUAUGUUGCAACAAGAUGUUUAUCUAGAAAUGCGUUCAAUACGUAAUAUGAAACAAUUACUUAAAUUACAAAUUAAAUUUACGCAUUAAAUGCUCUAUUAUAAAGAAUCUAUGUAUAAAGUUUUAUGCAAUAAACGCAAUAAAAUGUCAAGAACUUAAUACAUUAAUAUUAUAUUGAAAACAUUAAAUUGAGUUAUUAUGGUAUAAUUUAUCUUUUUAACAUAAAAAAUUCCCAAAUUUUCAAACACAAGUCUAAUCCAAAUUAUUUAAUUAAUAAAACAAUUUACUUUUUAAAUUGUAACGUGUGUAGGCAUUGUUUCAAAUAAAUGAGAUAAUAUUAUUCAAUAACUUGUCUUACUUUGAUAGUGCCAAUAUGUUUGUUUUAAUUCAAAAAACACCUUUCAUUUUAAGGGAUGACAUAAAUUUUUUUAACAAUAAAUUUGUAUAAAUGGAUAAAAAAAAAAAAAUUGCGUCCUACUCGUGAGAUAAUAUUAUAAUUUGUGAUCCAACAUCAUGUUACUGUUAAAGUAUACUUCUUAAGGUGUUUUAAUUUUAUUUUUUUAUUUUUUUUCCAGAAGAAAAAACUAUCCAAUGCAUCUACUAAUUUAGUGGUUCGUAUUAUAUAAAUUACUAUUUUUAAGAUAAAAUAUUUUUUGAUUCCUAGACAACAUAUUUUAAUUAACAUUAAAUAUGUGAUUUUUUAUUUUUGGGUAAAUACUUUUUAGUGAAUGUUGCAUGAAAAAUUGUAUAUAAUAAUUGUUGAUUAUGUUAUGAUUAUAUUGUGUUCAUCACCGGCUGAUUUAAAAUUAGAGAAAGUAUAUAAUACAAAAAUUGUUUGAUUUAUAAAUAUCUAAAAUUUGUACAUUUUUUUUUUUAAUCUUAAAGGAUUUUGAUGGCUUAAUUUUUGAAAUUAAAAUGAGAACUUGUACUUAUUUGCAAACAUAAUGUAAAAAUAUUUUUUUUAAUACAUUUUAGUGAUUGAAUAAAAUUUCAAACUAUGCUUGAGAGAGAUUUUUUUCAAUUUUUAGAAAUUGCAUUAGAAUAGCACGCCUAUAAAUAGUUAAUAAUGUCACUCAUCAUACCAUGCACCAUGCUAUUUCCAUGAACCAACUAUAACUGUAUUAGUAUUAGUACUAAAUUCACUCUCAAUCAUAGAUUUUUUAAUAAAUUAUCACUUAUAAAUGUAUUAAAAAAUUAUCAUCACAUUAUUUUUGCAAAACAAGUAAAGAUUCCCUUAUAAAUUUUAAAAGACCCCUCCCCAAAAAUCCCUACUAAGACUCAAAAAAAAAAAAAGUACAAAUCAUUUUAAAUGAAAACAACUUUUUGACUCAUUCAAUUUUCACCAUUUUGAAUAUUUUUAUAUGAUAAAAACGGGUGUAACAAAAAUUUUGAAUCGCACUUUAUGUACAGAAUGACCUAUAUUCCUAUCUAAAUGCUAAUAACUUUAUGAACUAAUCUGGAUCUAAAAACUAACUGGAACAGGGUUUUUGAUAUUUCUGAAAAGAACUGUUAAUAUUAGUUAAUUUAGUUCAUGGACAAGGAAAAAACCCUUUUUAAAAAUAAAUUAUUAGGUACCAAUAUUUAUUGGGUUGGGAAAUGGGAUAAACUCCCUCCCCCUGUUUAAUACUGAGUAUCAUUAGUUAUACGGUAUAAAUAGUAAUAAUAAUAUAGCAUAUGUUAUUUUUAUUUUAUGUAUGUUAUAUUGGACUUUGCAUGGUUUAGUACUCAAAAUUAAAGUUAUUUUCAUAUGUUUCCCAGAUAAAUUUACCGAAUAAUAUUGGUUUCAAAAAAAACCUCAAUAUCCUCUGAUAUUCUAAAUAUUGGGUGAUAUACCCAUGCUGAUACACACCACUACUAAAAAAAUUGUAUAUAUUUUUAUUAUUAACUAUAUAAUUUUUUUUGUAAACCUCAAUUUCUCAAUAAUUUUGUUUUUACACUGACAAAAUAUAAUCUCAAUUGAAAUAUUUACAAUAAUCAGUUUUAUUUUAGAUUUCGAGUAAAGCGAAAAAAUUAUAUGUUUUACUAUAAUAUGUAUUUAUGUUUUUUAGUGCUUGUGAGCAUCUUUUAUUUCAGAAAUUUUUUUCCAAUCAAACAAUAAUAGAAACCUCAUUUGGUGGUUGCAUUUUGGAUGUAGUUGGUGCAUUAAUGAGGUUAUUUUUUAAUUUUUCAAAAAAUGUUCAUAAUAAUUGGAAUAAAUGCCAUAUUGGAAAACUGGGAAACUACUGUAAUAAAAUUAAUAACUUCCCAAUAAAUAUUUUAAGAUCAAAUUUUGAUGAAAAUGAUAAAUUAUGGCGUUUCAGAACUUGAGCUCAGAAUCGUUUUUUGUUUGCAAUGGUUUAUCGUUACAUAUAAAUAUAAAUUAAAUAGUUUAAUGUAUCCAACUAUUAAACCAUGAAAGUAUCUCUGUCAUCUCCAAUAUUGACUUUUUUCAAUUUUAUCAAUUUAAUUUGAUGAUUAUUCAUGGAAAUAUUUAAUGAAGCGUUGUUAUACCACUAAUUUUAUUUUCCUUUUUUGUACAAUUAAUUGACUAGGUACAUAAUAAUUUUUUUUGUUGUCAUCCUUUGUUUUCAAAUAUGUAGGUAUUACUUGUUAAUUACUUUUAAGUAUUUGUUUUAUUACAGUCAAAAAUGAAUUCAAAGAAUGUAAGAGAAGAUCAAGAUUCAAAUAAAAAUAAUUCAGAUUAUGAACCGGUAUAUAUAUAUAUAUAUGAGAUACUCUCUGAGAUAAUGAGUGAUAAAUCACUUAAAUGGAUCACCUGGUACACAUUUUUUGUGGGUAAUAAAGAUUGAUAUAAACAUGUAGUACAUUAUUCAAUCAUUAUUGUUGAUACUUUGGGUUACACAGUUGCAAUUUUGGUAGGAAUUUCUAAUUUUCUUAAAAAUAAAAUAUAGCCUAUAUUUCUUGCCGAUAAUGUAGUUAAUACAGGUGUAAGUAGGUGCAUAAGUUCUAAAACCGGUCAAGUAGUUUAUGAGCUUAUCCAUUACAAACAAACAUACAAAAAUUAUUUUCUCUUUAUAAUAUUAGUUUAUAUACAGUGUGUCACAUUUUAAAUAUACCACUAAAUAUCUCAGCCCAAUAAUCUUAGAUUGAAAUACUGCAAUGCUGCAAUGCUGCAAUAGCUAAGGGGUACUGAAGUACACAUUUAAGGACAAAUUUCAAAUUUUUAACUCUUGCGCAUGCGCAAUACAAAUUUUUUUUUUUAAAUUGCAACACCUAUUUUUGUUACCGGAUAUGGAUAGAUUAUUUUAUUCUAAGUAAUUUUGAUUCAUUGACCAUAGUUCUAAACCUAAAAUUGAAUGAGUUACAGCUUUUUGAAAUUUUAAAAUAAUUAAAUUUUUUCGAUUUUACCAAAAACAUUACACGCUUGAAUUUGAUACAAAAGUAAAUUAUUUUUAAACUAAAAUGAAAUGCAUUUAAAUAAUUUAAUACAAAAUUACCUAAAAAAUAUUUAUAGCUAAUUUAAAUUUAAUUAAUUUAAAAAUAAAUUUACCAACUAAAUUGACAAUGACGUAAUUUGUGUUAUUAUUGUGCGAUAAAAGUUAUUGAAUUAUUUCCAGUUUUAUUAUUAGUACUUUGAUAAUAGUAGAUUAUUUUUAUAACAUUCAAUUAAAUCCUCACUCAUCUUUAAGACAUGUUGCUAGAGAAUUUGGCUUUUCAAAAACAAAGGUACACAAAAUAUUCAAAAAAUACAAGUUACAUCCUUAUAGGGCUGAUCUAGUUCAGCAAAAAUAAAAUUUGUAUUGCGCAUGCGCAUACAACAAGAGUUAAAAAUUUGAAAUUUGUCCUUAAAUGAGUACUUCAGUACCCCUUAGCUAUUGCAGCAAACCGUAUUUCAAUCUAAGAUUAUUGGGCUGAGAUAUUUAGUGGUAUAUUUAAAAUGUGACACACUGUAUAUAAACUAAUAUUAUAAAGAGAAAAUAAUUUUUGUAUGUUUGUUUGUAAUGGAUAAGCUCAUAAACUACUUGACCGGUUUUAGAACUUAUGCACCUACUUACACCUGUAUUAACUACAUUAUCGGCAAGAAAUAUAGGCUAUAUCGUAUAACUUCGUAUAAUNUGAAUAACGUCUUCCAUUAAGAGUACCAUCAUAAAAAUGUGGACCUAUUAAAUUUCCUCCUAAUAAUCAGCACCACACAUUUGUGCCCCAUACUGUUUGAUAAUUUGUAUCAACUGCCCAAUGUGGAUUUCCGUUUGACCAAUAACGGUUAUUCUGCUUAUUUAAAACACCAUUAUUGGUAAACUUUGAUUCAUCGGUCCACAAAAUGUAAUUUAAAAAUAAUGGGUCGUUAUUUGUACAUGUUGUUAUCCAUGCAAUAAAUUUUAAUCUACGUUCGUUAUCACCUUGGCCAAAAUGCUGAACUAGAUCAGCCCUAUAUGGAUGUAACUUGUAUUUUUUGAAUAUUUUGUGUACCUUUGUUUUUGAAAAGCCAAAUUCUCUAGCAACAUGUCUUAAAGAUGAGUGAGGAUUUAAUUGAAUGUUAUAAAAAUAAUCUACUAUUAUCAAAGUACUAAUAAUAAAACUGGAAAUAAUUCAAUAACUUUUAUCGCACAAUAAUAACACAAAUUACGUCAUUGUCAAUUUAGUUGGUAAAUUUAUUUUUAAAUUAAUUAAAUUUAAAUUAGCUAUAAAUAUUUUUUAGGUAAUUUUGUAUUAAAUUAUUUAAAUGCAUUUCAUUUUAGUUUAAAAAUAAUUUACUUUUGUAUCAAAUUCAAGCGUGUAAUGUUUUUGGUAAAAUCGAAAAAAUUUAAUUAUUUUAAAAUUUCAAAAAGCUGUAACUCAUUCAAUUUUAGGUUUAGAACUAUGGUCAAUGAAUCAAAAUUACUUAGAAUAAAAUAAUCUAUCCAUAUCCGGUAACAAAAAUAGGUGUUGCAAUUUAAAAAAAAAAAUUUGUAUUGCGCAUGCGCAUACUACAAGAGUUAAAAAUUUGAAAUUUGUCCUUAAAUGUGUACUUCAGUACCCCUUAGCUAUUGCAGCAAACCGUAUUUCAAUCUAAGAUUAUUGGGCUGAGAUAUUUAGUGGUAUAUUUAAAAUGUGACACACUGUAUAUAAACUAAUAUUAUAAAGAGAAAAUAAUUUUUGUAUGUUUGUUUGUAAUGGAUAAGCUCAUAAACUACUUGACCGGUUUUAGAACUUAUGCACCUACUUACACCUGUAUUAACUACAUUAUCGGCAAGAAAUAUAGGCUAUAUUUAUUUUUAAGAAAAUUAGAAAUUCCUACCAAAAUUGCAACUGUGUAACCCAAAGUAUCAACAAUAAUGAUUGAAUAAUGUACUACAUGUUUAUAUCAAUCUUUAUUACCCACAAAAUUGUGUACCAGGUGAUCCAUUUAAGUGAUUUAUCACUCAUUAUCUCUGAGAGUACUACCUUUUUUUGGAAUUUGUUUUCUAGACUAUUUAAGAAACAAGCAGUUUUAAAAUUUUAUGUCAUUUUUGUCAUCCUUAUUUUUGAGUAUAAAACCAUUACCUACUUUUAAUUUUCAAAUGACAACCUAUAGUAAAAAUUCUAUUUAUAGAUAUAAUAUUAGAUUAAAUAAAUUUUAGUAUUGAAAUAUUUAAUUCCCUCAAUCCGUUGACAAGAUAUUCCACUUUGAAGUUUUGGUUGGAGAAGAGUAGUGGAGUAUCAUUUCUUUGGGGGUAAAUUAGCAUGUUAAAAAUACACCAUUGCUCUCUUCCAAUCCAAACUUAAAAGUAGAAUAUAUCGUCAACGGAUUAACAGAAAUCAAACAUUUCAAUACUAACAUUUAUAAUACUCCAUCUAUUAAUAGAAUUUUGAAUAUAGGUUGCCAUUUGAAAAUCAAAAGUAGGUAGUACCUUUAAAAAUAAGGGUGACAAAAAAUAACAUAAACAUAAUUAAUAUUUUUCCCCUUUUUUGUUUUUAUUUUGUUCAAUAAAGAAAAAGGCUAUUUCACACAAAUAUGAUGUUGAAAAUGAUAAUAAUAACACAAAAAAAAGUUAAUUUUAAUGUAAUUUUUUUGUGUACCAAAAUUAAAAUUCACCUAGCUUGAGCCCAUUAAACUUUAUUUGAUCAUUUUUUUUUAUUCUGCAAAUUCUUCUUUCUCUAUUAAUGGAAGGUGUGAGGAUUCAAAACUAGAAUUAAAUGGAUUCUUCACCUAAUCAAACAAUUUCAAAUCCAUAAAACAUAUAGACACAAAACAAUAUCAAUAAAUAAACGAUGGCCACGUAUUAAACAAUGAUUAUCAACAAGUUACAUACUUUCAUUAUGAUUUGGUUACGAUAAAAAUGAUUUUGAUAACAGAUAAUUUAUUUUAAUUACCAUAGAAAUUAUUUUAAAUACCUAUUUAAUAAGAAUUAGUGGGUCAGCUAGUAUAUAUGUAUAACUAUACUAAUAUAUUGUAUACCUGAUUUAUACUUUAUUAUAAUAGUUAUUAUAAUUAGUUAAAGUUUUGCAUGAAUUUUAAUAUUUUCUUUGAAUACAUAAUAAUAUUAAAAACUAUCUAAAUAGUGAAUGUCGCAUAUUAAUCCCUAACUUUUUCUUUUUCUUGAAUUUUCAUUAUUUAUUUUAACAGUUCUAAUUUUUUAUAAUUAUCUUUGCAAUUAGUCCAAUUAUUUAUCAGUAGCAUUUAUCUGAAUAUUGAAUAUUGGUAAAAAGUGUUAUCUGUUUAUCCCUAAAAAUUAUAUGUACAUUUAUUCAUUUGUAAUAUAUUUAAAAUUGUAUUAUUAUUAUGUGGAUAUUUAAACUUGUGUACUGUUAUUUUAAUUAUAUUUUAGAAGUGCAAAAAAUAUAGAUAUUCAUCAUAUGAUAAAGAGUAUUUAGAGGAAAUCAAUAAAUCAAAUAAAUCAGAACUAGCACCAAAUGUUCUACAAAAAUUAGUUAAUUUUGGCAUAUUUAAAAAUAACUUUCCUUGUGUAAGCAUAAAAUUAUGUAUGUUUUAUCAUUGAAUAUAAAUAAUGUUUUUGUAAUUAUAAUAUCAAUAUAUAUUAACUAUGGGUAUUCAAAAUAAUAAUUAUUCUUUCUGUAUUUUUGUGAAGUUGGUCAUUCUUAUAUUCUGUCUAACUACCUAUAAAUACUUUAUUUUAAUUAAUAUUCAGAUUUCUCCUAUUUUUUAUUUGAGUAUAAAGGCUAGGAACUUCUAGCAUUUGCCUAUUAUUUUUGAAAAAUUAGAAAAAUACUAGAGACUAAUGUAAAUACUUUUCAUUGUACAAAGAAUCUAAAUCCUAAAUUAUUUUAGCAGUAUGUACUUUUUAAGUGCUAUAAUAAAAUAGUUAAUUUAGUAUAAUUAACAUUGAGUUUGAUCGAAAACAGGUUUUUACAUUUAAUAUUAAUAAUAAUAAUAAAAAUAUAUUCAUAAAUGAGUUAUAUGUCAAGUUUUUUGUAUACAAUUUCAAUUAUAAACAAACAAACAUUUAUUGCAUGUUUUUUAGUGCUAGAAGUCCUUACUCCUAUUGAUUUAAGUAAUUUAUUUUAGUAUGUAUAGUUUGCUUUUGUAUUUAGGAUUAUUAGAGUAAAAUUGGUGUAUAUUAAAUAACCAAACAUUAUUUUUAUAGUAGUCUGGUUGAGUGUGUAAUAUUUUUGCACAUUGACAAUAGUAGUUUUAUUAAAAGUUCCUCCAAUUUUUAGACUCUAGAAGUGAGGAAUGUAUUGGUUUAACAAUGAUUUUUUUUUUUUUUUAUAUUGUACAAAAUAUUUACCAAAAAUCUUAACCUGGUGUAUUAAGUGUAAUACCUUUUCUAAAAGUAAAUUUUUAUUUAACCAGUACUUUAGAUCAUAUUUUGAUUAUCCAAUUAGUUUUCAUCCUAAUUUGGAAAAAUCAAAAAGAGAAGAAAUGAAAACUGACAAUUCUUUUUUUUUUUUCAAAUUAUUACAACUAAGUUUUCUACUAGAAAUUUUUUUCCAGUAGAAAAAUAAUAAGAAAUCUUUCUUGUUACAUUUUUUUUAUUAUAUUUAAUUAAUGAGUAAGAAAGUCAGUUUUUGAUUUUCCGUGUAUUUUUUAUUUUGGUAAUUGAAUAAAAACAGAAAGAACGGGAAAAUUUACAAGAAUAAUUUAAUUAUUUUCAAUUUUUUAAAUUUUGUUGUUGUAAUUCAGUUAAAAACAUUUGUAAGGACUAAAAAUCUUAUCCAAAAAAUUUAUAUUUACUUUUUUCUAGAUGUGAUAAAAUUUUCUUAACACUAACUAUUUUUGAGCUAUUUAUAGACAUUUUGCAAGUUUUUUAUGUAAUUUUUAUUUGAUAGGUACUCUGUAGAUAAAAUUGUUAGACUAAAACGAAAUACUUGAAAAUUCAACUUAUAACUAUAGAUCAAUCAGUCAUUAAUUACCUCCAUACGCCACACCAGUGACAAUGUCUGAAUGUGUUUCAUUUUAAUUUUUCAAUAAUAAUAUGAUUCAUCAAUUUGAAUUUAUAUGAAUAAAUAAAAGAUUUCUGGGAUACCGGUCAAAUGUGAAUCUAGAGUAAUGGUAGAUGUAAGCCUCUCCCUCCUCACCAUCUUGGUCAGACUUCGAAAUUACUAAACAAUAAAUUGUGAUAAUUUUAUUUUUUAUAUACAUUUUAUUCAUAAAACAAUAUUAUUUUGUAUGUUUGUACCACUUUUAUAUCCCUUUAUUAAUGUUAUAUUGUUAUAUGAGUUGUCAUCAUUAUCAUUUAUGUAGGUAUUUUUCGAUAUGAAUAAAACAUUAGUUAAUGAAUAUAUGAGAGACAAGUGAGCUAAUUUUUUUUCAGGGGUAGGAGGGUAUUUUAGUAAUUAAUAUUUUGGUCCGACUUUCUUUGAAAUUUUCGCCUCUACUUCCCAACUUUUCAUCUACAACAUUGGCUCACCCAUCGUGCAAAGUGUGUCCUUCAUUUAAAUUCUGAGCGAAUCAAGGAAUGUAUUAGUUAAACAAUGAUAUUUACUUUUUUAUUAUUAUUUUUAUCUGUUACAACUUUUUUACCAAAAAUCUUGCUUCAAUUUUCAAGUGUAGCACAUUUUCUGAAAAUAAAUCUGACUGGGGUGGUAUGCUAUGAGGUCAUUUUUUUUAUUUCCCCAUAGUUUUUCAUAGUUUCCUUAAUAAUUGGAAAAAAACAGAAGAAUUUACGAAGUGUAUUUUAAAAUAAUAAUUUUAAAAUCAUAAAUAUCAUUUAUUUUAAAACAUAUAGAGAUCAGUUAACUGAACUCUGCUCAGAUUGUUUUUUUGUUAUCAAAUUUUAAUCAUUGGGUACAGAUAUACUUUAAAUUCCACUUUAUAUUCUACCUUCCCGACUUCUCACCUAUAACUGUAGCCCACUCAUCGUAUGAAGAAUGCCCAUAUUUUUUUAUAUAUAUAUUUUGUAUUAUUAAGAAUGAGAAUACCUAUUAUAUAUUAUGUAAUACUAAAGUUUAUUGAUUUGUUUUAUGUAAUACUCUGAAGUGUAAGCUUUUAUAAUGUUUUUAUUUUAGAUUGAAAUGGAUACUAUACUAAAUAAUGUGUUGAGUGAAUUGAACAUUUUAAGAUUUUCUAAUAGUUCAACUCCUGUAUUAGAGCCAUUAAUCAAAAAACUCUCCGAUAUAAAAACAAGGCCUACUCAAAGUGACAUAUUAAAAGUAAAUAAAGUUCAUUUUUCCUAAUUUUAAUGUCUAUAAUAAACAAUAGUAUUAUGUGUAACACAAAUGUUAACAAUUAUGAGUUUUUUGAAAUUUUCAGUGUAUAAUUAAAUUAUUAACCUUCUUUUAAUCUAAAUAUUUUAUACUUUCUAAACCUCAUUUUGUAAAAAUUUAAUAAUACACUAACUAAUAACUAACUAACUAACUAACUUAUAAGUUGUUGAGAAAUGAGAAAUAUCACAUAGUCAUAAAAUUUGUUUUUUUUAAUAAUGUAACUUGAGUAAAAAUAGGAUUUGAGAAGGUUAAUGUAAUCCAACUAGUUAUGUAAAACUGUACAUUUUGAAAUCCACCAAAUAUUUUAAAAUAGUCUUCAUAAAAAUAUUUUUAAAUGAUGUAUGAUAUGUAUAUAAUAAAGCAUUGAAAGUAUUUACAUAAUUUAUGUUGUGUAUCAACUAAAUUUUAAAAUAAACUAAGAAAUACUCAUGAGAUUAUGUUUAUACAUAAUUUAUUUUUAAAUAAUGAUAACUUACUAAAUAACUUGUACCGAAAUAUUAUUUUUUGUUGUCUUUUAUACAAAUAUUAAUUUAAUUGUAUAGGUUAUGACACCGCCUUUUGCAAGUGACAUGUUCAAUUAUGAGCGCAUGGAAACCUAUGGUGAUAGUUUUCUAAAAUUUGCUAUUUCAUUAGUAUUAUUUGAUGCAUUUCCAGCUGAAAAUGAAGGAUUUCUUACUGAAUUAAAAAUGAAAAUUGUUGGUAAUCGAAACUUAGCUUAUGUUGGCAAAAAUAUAGAUAUUGGAUCCUACUUAAUGGUAUUUCAAGAGCUAAUAGAAACCUUAACAAAUUCAAAGUACUGUAAUAAUUAUUAUAUUGUAGGUUAAUAUUUUUGACCCCAUGGAUUGGAUACCUCCGUGCUUUUCUGUUCAUACAAAAAUAAAGGAAAUCAUUGAAAAGGGUAGUCUGCAAUCAGAUGUACUUCAUCAAAUAUCCAUUCCAAGAGAUGAUAAACUUUCAGGUAAAUUUAACCAAAUAUUAGUUUUAAUAUUAAAUACUAAAAUAACAGUUAAUUAUGUAAAAUGUAUUUAAUUAGUAUUUAGACAAAUCAUAUUAAAAAAUAUAAAUAUAUUAGAUGAUUAAAAUUAUUUUUAUAAUAUACAAUGUUUUAAUUUUAAAUUAAAUUAAGAAUUCCUAUUCAUAAUUUAUAACUCCAACUUAUGGUGGAGUUACCUAUAGCCAGUAUCCCUGCUAUGGACAAUCAUUUUUAUUUUAUUCAUAAACAGUUUAAUUUUUAGAUUCUGAGUGGAGUGAAGAAGCUUAUAGUUUUACAAAAAUGUUUUUUUUUUUUUUUUUUUUUUUUUUUUUGUAUCUGUGCCCAACCUUUCUACUAGAAGACUUGCUCAGAUUUCUAUGUGUAGCACCUUUUCUAAAAAGAAAUCGGUGUAGGGAGGUCACUUCCAUUUUCCCAAAGUUUUCUCAACAAAUGUGAAAAACCAAAAAAACAACAGAAGGAAAACUGGGAAAAUAAGUAUAACAUUAAAGAAAAUUUAUAAAGCGUUUUUAAUUAGUAUUUUACUAUUAGAUUAUUAUCAAUAAUUGGCUGAACUCUGCAUGGAAUUUUUUUCUCAUAAGCAAUGGUUUAUUGUUACCUACAGGUAUACAUUAAAUUAUCUAUAACAGUGGCUGCACCUGUCCACGUUAUCCUAGGACAUCUUUUUAAUUUUAUAAAGCAUAUAGUUUUUUUUGUAUUCAGUUACAUUAAAUAAUUUACUGGUUGGUGUUAAUUAUAACAAAAACAUAGAAAGAGUUUGGUUAUAGAAUGUGAAAAUGUAAUUUUAAAAUAUUGAUACAUACUAUUUUUUCAUUCUAAUAUGUUUUAAAGUUUUGAUUUUUUUUUCAAUUAUCGUAGAUAUCUUAAAUCAAAUAUUAAUUAUUUUAAAAAUGUCUAUACCACCCUAUUAUGAUUAAUUUAAUAUAUAUUUUAGGAAAAUUGUCAGAUAACACUUGGAUCAACAUAGAAAUUGAGCUCCUGAAGUUCAAACAAGUAUCUGAUAUGCCAAUGUCUAAUAGUGAUGAAGAAAAUCCAAGUGUAGGUCAUUCACAGUCCGAUUUAUUUAUACAUAAACAAUCAGUUUCAGAUAAAAUGGUAGCUGAUUCUGUAGAAUCACUUAUUGGAACUUAUGUAAAAGUAAGUUGAUUAAACAAAAAUGUUAUACUUAAUACUUAUAAUAUAUUUUUUUUAAUUAAAAAUUUUAGAGCUGUGGAGUUGAAGUAGGUUUCAAAAUUCUUAUUGGUCUUGGUAUCUUACCUGAAAGAUUUGUUGACAAACUAAAAGAAAAACAAUCAAAUAUUCAAUUUAUAAAUUGUUCAAACAUUUUACCUGGAUAUGAAAUACUAGAAGAUCGAAUUGGUUAUUCAUUUAAAAAUAAGAGCUUAUUAAUUCAAUCUCUUACUCAUCCAACUUACCAAACUGGAAUUACUGAAUGCUAUCAAAGACUUGAAUUUCUUGGUGAUGCUAUACUAGGUUAGUCAAAGCUUUUUCAAUAAAAUAAUAAUUCCAUUAAAAAUUGUUUAUGUAUUAAAUAAAACAUUAGAUCUAGGACCAGAUUAGAACUCUGAAAUUUACUGUUCUCAGUAUUUAACCAACCCAUUUUACUAAUCAAUACCCUGUGUUUUUGAGUAGGUACUUUAAGUACUUCUCUAGGUGUAUCUCUCUAGAUACACAUUUUGUCUUUUUUUGGGGUAAAUAUGUCAGCAAAAAAACAUUUAUUUGCUACAAAUUUUGAGAAAAUAAAAACCAAAAACUUACGGAAUUAACAAAAUUAGUAAACUUAUGACAUACCACAUAUAUAUCUAAUACUUAGCAAAAACCAAAGAGAGGACUUAUAAACUUCAUGAAAUAUAUUACUUUUUAAUUAAGUAAAUAAUACCUCUGUCAAACCCUGAAUUUUUAAUAGUUUAAUUUUCCUAACACUGUUAUUAUACAUUUAAAAAUAAUUUUACAUGUAAAUUAUUAAAAUUGUAAUUAUUUUAAGAGCACAAUUUCAAUUGACCAUUUAAUUAUUAGUAAAUAUUUUAUUAAAACCGAAUAGUUAUGGAUAGUUUUGAUCUUUUGCAGAUUUCUUUAGGAAUGUAGGCUGUUUUAUUAAUGCCUUUUCACCUUUUACAAUUCUUUUAGGUUCUAAGUGGAGCAAAGAGGCUUAUAGUUUUACAAAGAUGUUUAUUUUUUUUUUAUCUGUGUGCAACUUUUUUACCAUAAGACUUGUUCAGAUUUUUAAGUGUAGCACUUUUUCUGGAAAUCGGUGUGGUACUUUAGGGAGGUCAUUUUUUUAAUUUUCUCAAGAGUUAAAAAAAUAGGAAAAUGUAUAAAAUAUUACAAUUUUUUUUGUGCACAACUUUCCUAACAUCAAUUUUGUUCCAACUUAUAAUGAUAGCAAUGUUUCUAAAAUGAAAUUUCAUUAGAGAGGUAAUUUUUCGAUUCUCAGAAGUUUUUUCAUUAAAUUUGAAAAACUAGGAUAAAACAUGGGAUAACUAGGAAAAUUGGUUCAACAUUAAACAAAUGUUAUUAAAGAAAAUAUAUAAAGCUUAUUUAAUUAUUAUAUUACUACACAAUAACAUAUAUUGUUGACAAAUCAUCAUUUUUAUUGAACUCCGCUCAGAAUUGUUUUUGGUAAGCAAUAGUGUAUCGUUGCUUACAGAUAUACAUUAUGUUAUCUAUUACACCACUGUUAUUCAUGCACCUGUUCCCAUUAUCCUAGGACGUGUUUUUCUCAUUCUAGUCUUUAAAUAGGUAUGUGUUACAUUCAAAUUUAAAAAUAAUAAUAAAACAAUUGUUCAAUUUGUUCAACUUAAUAAUUGAUGAUUGGCGCUAACAUGUAACUAUAGGUGUAGUCAAAAGGAACAAAUUUGCACUCCGAGGAUAUUCAAUUAAAAUACUCAGAUAUCAUUUUUUUUUAUUCCCAAAAUGAAACUCCAUCCACUGGAACGCGUUUUCAUGCUAAAUGUUCCAUCUACAUGUAUAAGUCUAUGAUGUUAAAUUUCCAAUAAUCUAUAGAACUCCUACACGUAUAACCUAACCUUUUACACCAGAUUGCAUGUAUUCCCGUGUCUCAGCAAACAAUACAUGCAUGAUUGCUACUGCCACAGCUAUCUAUUAAUUAUUAUUUAAUAGGAAUAUUACCUAAUAAUGUGUUAUUAAGUAUUUAACUUAUUUAAAAAAAAUUUUAUUUAGUCCCAAAAUUUAAAAUUUUGUGGUUCUCCACCAGACUUAAGCCUGUUCCGCCAACCUAAUCUGGACCUGAUUUGAUUAAUUACGCCAAAAUAAUAAGAAUAUCCUAUUAUAAAUGUAAUUAGGGCCUGUUAAUGCUAACUUAACAUAACCUACCUUACCUUAUUUUUUUUUUUUUUACAAAAUAGAAAUAUUGUUAUACAUUCAAAUUAAUAUAAAAAUUGUAUACAAUUUCAGAUUUCAUAAUUACAACAUAUAUAAUUGAGCAUUGUCAUAACAAAACUCCUGGAGAAAUAACAGAUAUUAGAUCAUCACUAGUAAAUAACAUUACAUUUGCCUCAUUAAGUAUUCGCAUUGGGUUGCAUAGAUUUCUUCUAGCUAAGUCAAUAAAAUUAACUGAAGCUAUUGAUCGUUUUUAUGAACAUCAGCAAAGAAUUGACCAUAAAAUUGGCCAAGAAGUAAGACUUAAAUAAAUUUACUUUUAUACUGUAAUGUAAUUGAUUAUUAUUUAUUUAUUUAGGUUCUAUAUCUCAUAGAAGAAAGAGAUUAUUGUGUUGCUGAAUCUAUUGAUGUACCGAAAGUAUUGGGAGACUUGUUUGAAUCACUAAUGGCUGCAAUUUAUUUAGAUUGUGGUCGAGAUUUAAAUUUUGUUUGGUCUAUUUGCUAUAAAUUUUUGGAACAUGAAAUUAGUGAGUUAAAAUAUAUGUGAUAAUAUUUAUGGUUUAAUAAUUCAUUUCAAAAAUAAUGUAUUUUAUUUAAUUCACACAUUUGUAUCUGCAUCUCUUAUACAUUAAUAUCUCUUCAAAUUGUUUGUAUGUUCUAUUUAUAUUCAAUAUACUAUUUUAAUUCUGAUAACAUAUAUUGAUAAUAUAGUAUAUCAAUUCUAUACCUCAGAACCAUACAAACGUAAGUCGCAUUAUUUUUUAGCAAAAAAAAAACAAUGUAAAACAUGUAAUAUACUAAUUAAUAAUCUAAAUAAUAAUUUUUCGACUUACUUUCGUCUAGUUCUGAAGUACAGAAUAAGGAGUUUGGAAAAAAAUUAUAAAUUGGUUAAUCAUUUUUUGAUUACAGAAGAAUUUUGUACAAAUAUUCCCAAAAAUCCUAUACGUAUUUUGCACGAAACAAAAGUAGUACCAAUUUUCAGGUCUGUAUUAUUAUAAUAUAAAUUUAAACUAUAUAUUUGCAUGUGUACUUUAUUGAUAAAUUUAAUAUUUAAAAACUAUAUUCACUAAAUUCUUUUUUUAUUUCAUUAGUUAAAGAAUAAUUUUUAAAACUUAUAUAUUUUUGUAAUAGAUUUAAUGUUUCUAAAUGAAAUACAAUAAUUAAAAGUAUCCUAAAAAUCCUUUGAACUCUAUGUAUUUAAUAAUUUUUUUUAUUUAAGUGACAAUUUUAGAAUUUAUUGCAGUUAUAAAAAUAAUUAUAUAACUAUCUGUAUAGUUAUAAUAAUAAUAUUUAUUACAAUAAUUAAAUUAGUAUUUAUAAUUUUUAUUUUAACAUAUUUUAAGUAUCUACCUUAGAUGUCUAUUUUAUUUUAUUAUUUGAAAAACAUGAUCCUGAAGCAAUUGUUAAUACCGUGUUUACUAUAAAACUUAAAAUUUUAGCUACUGAGUAAAAAAUAUUUUGGUUUUAUUAUGUGUCUUAUUUGUGUAAACAACUGUUCUACCAGAAUCUUGCUCCAAUAAAAAAAAAAAAAAAAAAAAUACUAGAUUUUUUUCUAGAAUUUUUCUAUCUAGUUGUGCAUUAGGGUGAUAAUUUUUUAAUUUUUCAUCUAAUUUUCUUUAUAAUUCAAAAAAAGAAUUCUAUUUCAUAGUAUAUGUCAUUAACAGUUUCAUUAUUUUGUUGUAAUUCAGGUAAAAAUAAUCAUAGAUUACUUAUGUUAGCUUAUAUUUUUUAGCCGUUUUAAUUUUUUUGGUCAUCCUUAAUGUUUGAAAAUUCAAUACUAGGUUCAUUAAAUUCUCUAGUUUAUAGUAGAAAAAAAAAUGUUGAAUGUAAAGUAGUAGUUUUAUUAUAUAAUUAAUGUGCAUUGACCAUCACUACUAUCAUUUUUUUACUGUUUUACUUUUUAAUAAGUCUGUUAUUUUAUUUACAGUAAACCUACUGCUUCAAAUCAAUCAAUUCAAAGAGGCAUUGGAACUAUGGUACAAUUAGAAAUAACUGUGAAUAACAAAAUUAUUACUAUUUAUGGAUUUGGCCAAAAUAAAAAAGAAGCAAAAGUUGCUGCUGCCAAAAUGGCAUUAAAAAGAAUGAAUGAAAUGGUAUAAGUAUACAUUUAUAUGUGUGUACAGACAUUUUUUUUUUUCAUUUAUAUAUUUUUUUUAUCAGUUUAUAUUUUUGAUGAUACAAAUUAACUUUUAAAAAAGUACCUAUUUUACAUAUUAUAAUCAUGGUUAUUAUAGGGAUAUAUUAAUUUAUACUUUUUAUUUUAGAACACAUUAAUAAAUAUUCUUUACAUGCCAGUAAUAAAC